AUGUCAGCCAGAGCAUUUUAUGAGUCUAUUCUAGUUAUUGAAUACAUUGCCAAGUUUUUGGCUUUGCUGUUGGCUAAUACCUUUGCUUUUCUUGUUUCUUCAGGUGCCAUACGAUUUGCUAGGUCGGAGGGGUUGAUACCAGCACCUGAACCAACUCAUGCCAUAGCUGCCACCAUCAGAGAAGCUCUUCGGUGCAGAGAGACUGGAGAAUCAAAAGUCAUUCUCAUGGCAAUGUGUGGACAUGGUCAUUUUGAUUUGCCAGCUUAUGAGAAGUAUCUGCAGGGAGAUCUUGUUGAUUUGUCAUUUUCAGAGGAAGUGAUUCAAGAAUCGCUGGCCAAAAUUCCUCAGCUAGUCUCCUGA